UUCGACAGACUCAGCUGAACUCUAUCUGGGGCAAGUACAAACACUACAGCCGUACUUUACCACCUUAAAACACGAGUUUUACUAAAGGCAAAACAGUUAAUAUUCAGCUGGAGAAAAUACGGAAUGUACAGCUGACGAACUCAGUUUAAAAAUACACCAGUUUAAUGUCCCGUGCGUGUGUGUUUUGGCGGGGGGAAACGUCGCGGUGACGAUGAAACAAGUUUAAAUCCGGAAGGAAUAAGUGAAGUAUUGUGCAUGUAAUGUGCGCCGAGUUGACAACUGGAUUCUAGUAGCUCUCCACCUUCUUCCCUCUUCCUCUUUGAAGUCGUCCGGAGCAGAGUGGAUGAGUUGUCUCCACUCGGCGGAGAGAACAAACAUAAAACAUGCCGUCCAACAGAUCGGUGUCCGACGCUCCCAUCACUCAGUUCAUCAACUGCAGGAUCCUGAGAGAGCACAAGCUGCACAGAGAGGACCUGUGGGUGCGUGAAGGGAGGAUUUUAGAUCCAGAGAAGUUGUUCUUUGAUGAGCAGGGUUACGCCGACAAGCGUGUGGACUGUGAAGGCAGCAUCAUCGCCCCGGGGUUUAUAGACGUCCAGAUCAACGGUGGAUUCGGCAUCGACUUCUCUCAGGCGUCUGAUGACGUCGGCGCCGGAGUUUCCUCUGUGGCUAAAAAGAUCCUGGAGCACGGCGUGACGUCCUUCUGUCCCACGCUGGUCACGUCUCCUCCCGCUGUCUACCACAAGGUUUUGCCUCAGGUCAAAGUUCACAAUGGAGGACAACAUGGAGCUGGAGUUCUCGGUUUUCACCUGGAGGGCCCGUUCAUCAGUGUGGAGAAGAAGGGCGCCCACCCGGAGCAGUACCUCCGCACCUUUCAGUCCGGAGGGAUCGACGACCUGAUGGAGACCUACGGCGGCCUGGACAAUGUUGCCAUGGUGACACUGGCUCCAGAGCUGGCCAGCAGCCAAUCGGUGGUGAGGGAGCUCUGCCAGAGGGGCAUCACGGUGUCGUUAGGUCACUCGGUGGCAAACCUGUCUCAGGCUGAGGAGGCCGUUCAGCAUGGAGCCUCCUUCAUCACUCACCUGUUCAACGCCAUGUUACCUUUCCACCACCGGGACCCUGGUAUCGUGGGUCUGCUGACCAGUGAUCAGGUCCCUGCGGGCAGGACGGUCUACUACGGCAUGAUCGCCGACGGGAUCCACACCAACCCUGCUGCUCUACGCAUCGCCCACAGAGCUCACCCCUCAGGUUUGGUUCUGGUGACGGAUGCGAUCGCAGCGAUGGGUCUCCCCCCCGGCCGCCACACUCUGGGUCAGCAGGUCAUCGAGAUCCAGGGUCUCCACGCUUACGUAGCAGGCACUAAGACGCUCAGCGGCAGCAUCGCCACGAUGGACAUGUGCGUCCGCCACUUCAGGCAGGCUUCAGGCUGCAGUGUAGAAGAAGCUCUGGAAGCUGCCUCCCUCCAUCCAGCUCAACUUCUGGGGAUCAGCCACAGGAAGGGGAACCUGGACUACGGCUCCGACGCAGACCUCGUUUUGCUCGAUGACACCCUCGACAUCAAAGCCACCUAUAUUUCUGGAGAGGAGGUUUGGAGAAAAGCACCAUAGAAGAAGAGGAAGAAGACGCUGCAACCGUGCUGAUGGAAACUGGCCCGACAGCUCCGGACCCGCGGUGCCUUCAGGGGACGCUGUUUCCCAAAGAACCACAGAUCUGCGACCAACCAUCCAAUCAAAACCUGGUCGACUGUCUGGGACACGCCCCCUUUGAUUCAACGCCAUGAAACAAUUGGACACGAGAUACUUUUUAAUAACGGUGUUAGAAAUAGAUCCAAAACCAAACCAGGAAGUAACAACACAGAAAGUGAGACCUUUGUAAACGAUAAGGUCACACCCACGGUCUCUCCUGAUUGGCUGUCAUCAGCCUGGACUACCAGUGGU